AUGGCCGCCCCCCAGCCUUCACAGCCACGAUCUCUCUGCACCGACUUCGAGGUCUUGAGCUACAUCAACAGCCUGAUGGAGGUCUUCAAGUCUUUCGAUUCGAACAACGAUGGGCUGAUAACUUCUGACGAGCUCCGAGGAGUUCUGGGUUCCCUCGGAUAUAACACGAGCGAGCGAGAGGUGAAGGAGAUGAUGAGGCAAGGCGACACGGACAGAGAUGGACUGUUGAGCCUGCAUGAGUUCCUGGAGAUAAAUACAAGGGAGCUAGAUCUUGGGGACCUUGCUGAUCUCCUCCAGGCUGCGGUCCCGGCACUCGGCCGGGAGGUGGGUAAUGAUGAAGCAGUGACCGGAGAGGAGCUGUACAACGUACUGGGCUCCACGGGGAGUGCGAGCAUGGAGGACUGCAUGGAUAUCAUUGCUUGUUUGGACGGAGAUGGAGAUGGUGCUGUCAGCCUUGAGGACCUCCAGUGUAUAGUCCAAGCCCUUCUCUAG